AUGUGUUCAACCAAAUUCUCUUACUUGAGCGGCUAUUACCUGUUGAUCACUGGUGCGAUCGGCUAUUUUAUUGCUCCACGCACUCGAAAAUAUGGUAUGCGGCCUGGUCUCAUCUUCUCCAUGGUCUGCGCUUUGAUCGGUGUCAUCUGGGCAGCCGCCGCAACAUUUCACAAUUCAUUUCUAGAAGCACGCAUGAUCCAAGGCCUAAGCAUGGCGACCUUUGGAAGUGUGGCAUAUGCUUCCAUUGGCGAUCUCUACUUUGUCCACGGACGGGGGAUACGUACAGCAGUAUUAGUCAUGAUGUACCAGUCUCCAAUAUCCCGGCUCUUGUCGCAGGGAAGAUGA